AAUGCCCACAUGGUUGUCUCUUAGUUUAAAAUUCGUCUCACAUGUUUACUAUUACAUGCAAAUACUGUACUAUUUGCUAUACGGGUGGACAAAAUAACAAUAUAUACACUUCACUGCACAGUUUCGACUAACCAUUUCGAACAAUAACGGGUAUACAUAGGAAUGACAAUGCACAUUAGGAAAGUUUUUGUUUAAUUUACAGUUUAUUUUUGGAUACAAAUUCCCACGCGGUAUAUGGUUGAACAAUGCGGAAAACAUUAUUAUCUGUCCUUGUAUUUGCGUGCAUCAGUCAAUGUCUUUGUGCUGUGACAUGGAAUUCGCCAUCAAAUGGAGAUACAGAAACGCUAGCAGAAAACAGUACCGUUGGUUUAGUAAUCGUUACUUUAAAUGCGACUGCACUGAACACCAUAACUUACGUCAUAGUAAGCCAAACGCCACCAGAAGACAAAUUUGGAAUAGACAACACAAAUGAACUUUAUCUUAAAGCAGAAUUAGACUAUGAAACUACAACGUCAUACGAUGUUAAAAUAAGAGCUUUGGAUAACUCAGCAAGUGAACAAGCUGACAUAACAUUAACCGUUGCUGUAACAGAUGUAAACGAUAAAUCACCUGUAAUUACGUCAGGCACAUCGGCAGAUAUACCAACAAAUACGGCUAUAGGAUCGGUUGUGUUCACCGUUACCUCAACUGAUGAAGACACCGUUGGCACAGUAACUUAUUCAAUAACAAGUGGAAAUGCUAACCAAGAUUUCAGUAUAAAUGCCACAACAGGGGAGAUCACUUUAAAAAAUACACUUGAUAUCGAUGCCACACCAGAAUACGACAUUGGCAUCCAAGUAACAGAUGGUGUUAACAGUGUAACCCAGACUAUAACUUUCUAUGUGAAUAACGUUAUCUGGCAAACACCACAAGACGGUCACACAGAAACACUUGCUGAAAAUACAUCGACAGAUUCAAGUAUAACAACACUGCAGGCGGACAAUGCAUUAAUUUAUUCGUUUACCCUGCUGGAACCAGCAGAUGAAGAUUCCAAAUUCAGGAUAGAGGGUGGUGCCCUGAAACUUAAAGAAUCUCUAGAUUAUGAAACAACAAAAUCAUACACAUUCACCUUAAAAGCUCUUUCGCCGUCGUCGCUGUCUGCUGUAAUAACUUACACUGUCAAUAUAACAGAUGUUAACGAUGAACCUCCAGUAUUUACAAGCGCUACAAGCAUAGAUUUAACAAAAGACACAGAUAUAGACACAGUUGUUUACACUGCUGAGGUAACGGAUCCAGAUACAGUUGGUAGCUCUACCUUUUCUAUAGCAGGCGGAAAUACAAAUGAAGAUUUUAGUAUUACCACAACAACUGGCGAUUUGACUCUUGAUAAGGCACUGGAUCCUGAUGUUACCCCAACGUACAGCCUGGUGAUAGAAGUUACUGACGGUGUAUUCACUGCCACCAUGACGCUAAGUGUCACUGUGAACAGAAUUGCAUGGAUAGAACCAGUGAAAGGAACGUCAGAAGAGCUGCCCGAGGACACAGCAGUCAACACAGUGAUAAAGAAUCUGACUGCAGAAACCGCAACAUCUUAUAUCAUCAGAGACCAAAUUCCAUAUCCUAACCAGUUUGGUAUAAUUAAUACAAACGAGCUGGUGCUUAUGUCUGAACUGGACUAUGAAAAUACCACUUCACACAUCAUUUCAUUAAGAGCAAUAGAUGGAUCAGGAAAGUCAGCGGAUAUCACUUAUAUUGUAAACGUUACUGAUGUAAAUGAUCUGGAACCCGUGUUUGUGUCAGACACAAGUGAAUUCAUUCCGGAAAAUACCCCAGUUGGUACAACAAUUCACACUGCCUCAGCAACCGAUGGUGACACUGUUGGUACUGUCAGCUAUUCCAUAACAGCCGGUAACGAUGGUGUAACGUUUGGAAUAGAUAAUAGCACCGGAGAUAUUACCUUGAACAAAGCGCUCAACCCAAAUAUUACUGACGACUUGACAUACAACCUAAUUAUUCAAGCCACAGACUCUGUACACCCUGUUACACAAUCUCUUGCAGUCACCGUUAAAUCAGUACCUGCUUUAGUCCUUCCGGCCAAUGGUACUACUACCAUUACCGAGAACGUCGAUACAUCAGGACCACUUGUUGUGCUGACCUUGGUUUCAACAGAUCUGGAUAACGAUCCUGCACCAACAUACAGUAUAGAUACCCAAAGCCAUCCUGGUACCUUUUCUAUUAGUAGUGACGACAACACAAAGCUCAUCACUACAGCUUCGUUUGACCGGGAACAAGUAUCAGAGUAUAAUGUCACCAUAAGGGUAACAGAUUCGUCAGAAUUUGAUUUAUCGUCUGCUGCAACAUUGACAGUGACUAUCGAAGAUCAGAAUGACGUAGCGCCAACAUUCACAUCAAACGCAACGCUUGAUUUGGCAGAUGACACACCAACAGGUACAUUAACCUUACACACAGUCACGACGGACGAUCCCGACAUUACUGGGGCCGUUACAUACACAAUCACAGCUGGGGACAUCAACGACGAUUUUACGAUGAAUCCGAAUGGUAGCCUCACACUGAACAGCGCCUUAAAUGCAUCUAUAACAUCGACAUACACUCUGACAGUUCUUGCCAAUGAUACUCUGAAUGUAACACCGUUUAAUCUUACUGUAAAUGUGGUAUCAGAACCACAGUUAGAUAUUCCUGCGUCCGGUGUCGCAAUAGAAGAAGGCAGUUAUACGUCAAGUAUGGUCUGGACUUUGAGUUCUACAGAUGAGGAUGGUGACACAAAUCCCACUUAUGCAAUACUAGACCAGAGCGUGAAUGGUACUUUCGAGAUAAAUGGCGACAACACGCAGCUGAUAACAUCGGCAAAGUUUGACUUCGAAGAAUUAACAAGUUACACAGUAACGCUGCAAGUAACAGACUCAUCCUCCCUCCAGCGCUCCUCUACAGCAAUACUUACUGUAAACAUUACGGACGUUAAUGAUGAACCACCAGCGUUCAAUCCAGCAUCUGUGGACUUAGAACUGAGAGAAGACACCCCGAUUGGUUUGGUGGACUACAUUGCAGCAUCACUCGAUCCUGAUUCAGUAUCUGCAGAUUAUUCAAUCAUAGGUGGAAAUACAAAUGAUGUAUUCAGUAUUGAUGCCGUUUCUGGCAACCUAUCACUUGCAAAACUGCUGAAUUCCUUCGAUGAUUUGAGUUACCUCCUCAUUGUUCAAGCAAACGACAGUGUAAAUGUUGGAACACAAAGUGUGAACGUUACUGUUGUAACAGCACCAGUCUUUAAGUUCCCUGAAAAUGUAGAAAUUGCCGAGAACACGAAUACUUCCGGAGGGUAUGAAGUAUUAGCACUGAACUCAACGGACCGUGACGGUGACCAAAAUCCACAAUAUGAAAUUGUAUCACAGAGCGAUCCGGGUACAUUUGAGCUGAACGCCGAUAACACAACUCUUGUUACAACUGCGGAAUUCGAUUACGAAGUCAGUACCGGUUACAAUGUUACUUUGCGAGUAACAGACACGUCAACGUUUACUAUGUCUAGCACAGCUACGUUAGUGAUAUCUGUCACUGACAUGAAUGAUAACGCUCCUGUAUUCCAGUCUAAUGAUACAUUUGAGAUAUCUGAAUUUACAUCAACUGGUACCGUUGUAUAUGUUGCUAAAACUACCGAUGUUGACACAGGGUCUGUUGUAACAUACUCUUUCACAGAUGGAAAUACCGACAACACUUUUAGCAUCAAUGAAACAAGUGGGGAGAUAACACUUGCCACAGAUCUCCAACCAAACGUCACACUGACAUAUAGCCUAGUUCUUCAAGCAAACGACUCGGCGCAGACGAAAGAUUACACUGUCACAGUAUAUAUAAAAACUGCGCCUAUAUUCGUAUUACCAUCGACGAACAUAACAAUAUCAGAGGACGAAGAUACGUCAAUGACAUAUACAGUCUGGACAUUGAACUCUACUGAUGCAGACGGAGAUACUGGUGUUGUGUACGACAUUGUUUCCCAAAGCGUUAAUGGUACUUUUGAUAUCAAUGCAGACAACACGGAACUAACGACAAAUGCUUCAUUUGAUUUCGAAACAACUCAGAUGUACACUGUAACCCUAAGAGCCACGGACAAUUCAACUUUCAUGUUAUCAUCAACUGCAACAUUGACUGUUUAUAUCACCGACGCCAAUGACAGUCCUCCUGAAUUCACAUCAAACGGAACACUUGAUCUUCCUGAAUUUCAAGACAGUGAUACAGUUGUGUACAUAGCAGAAACCACAGACAAUGAUACAGUUGGGACCGUUUCAUAUUCUUUCACAGGUAUUGAUGAAACAUUGCUACUUCUUAUUGCGUCAAAUAUAGUCAAGGAAGAUACCAUGUGA